CCGGACCCGACGCCUCUCCCUCAGCUGGUUUGCACCUUCGGGGACGCCCACCCGGCGCGUCCCGGGGGUCCCCCGAGGGUGGGAUGGAGAGGCCGGGGGGCCGAGCGGGUGGACGGGCGGCGGGGGAGCGCUCCGGGGAGGGCGGUGGUGGAUUGAGAGGACCUAGCCGGCGCCGAGCCUGUUUGCCUUCGCACCUUUCGAAAUCUCGUCUCCUUUGCUUUCCUUUCUUCACACCGAGUCUCGGGGCCCUACCACCCCCUCGGCUGGAUCGCUGUGGAGCUCCAGCCCCGGUUCCUGGAGAGAGAAGAAGGGAAGCCGGGGGGACACGCCCCCGGUUUGAAGCCGAUCGUGAACCCCUCUCCUGCCUUCGUCCUAGUCGCUAUUUUGCGGGGCGCCGUGGCUGCAGUUAGAGGUGUUUGCAUGCCUGUGGUGUUUUUCUGAAUUUGAAAGGCGUUUAAGAGUAAUUAAACAUUUGCAGGGACGAAGGGAGUCCUGUUUAGGAAUGGAGGGGUAGGUUGAUGAGUUAGUGAUAUGUCUGCCUGUUUUUCUUUCUCGCGUUGGUGUGGGUAAACAUGGUUAGCUUGCUUUUCUGCCGAGUUUGUUCAUAUUGUAAUGGAACCGGGGAGGUGUCUCGUCAGCUUUAUUUGGCGUCUCACCCAUCAUAUUCUAAUCCGAGUGUAGAGCGUUCGUUUCUAGGUCCAAGUAGGCAGAUGGUAUUUGGCCGUUGCAGUUUUUUUGCGGAGUGAUGAAAGAGACCUUAGUUUUCAAUAUUUAAAAACUUUACUGAAAAUAUAGAGGUAUGCCUUUCGAGGGACUGUGAACAAUAGGGAUAAGACGGGGCUUCUUGGUGAUUGUAAUGUUUGUGAGUUGGUAAGCUUUGGAAUUAAGUUGGAGAGGGCAGUGAUACGGUGACAGUAAAAGGAGAACGAUGUUCGGCCUUUGAUUGAUAACGCUCUGCUUUAGCUUUUGCUCUAGCGUAGCUGGAAUAGGCUGCAAAGGGCCCUUGUUUUCUUUGACCCUCAGCCGUCUAUGAAUUAGGUUGCAGUAACUUCUUAGUCACAAAGUAUCAAGUAUCACAUUAUUAAACUGUUGCUAGAUUUUAUUUUAUGGUUAGGUAUUCUGAUGAUUAGAAAUAUUGUUACAUGGUCAAGUCUUUAAGUGAUUCCAGGAGAAUGGAUUGUUGAGUAUAGAGACCAUUUUGGUAGCUUCCAGGUAACAUUUUUGCCCUUUAGACUUACUUAAAGCCGUCUUGUUUAUAAAUGUUCUUCCCGGAAGAAUAUUGAAAAUAAUGGAUUGCAGUGCUUUUAAACAAAAGUUAUAUUUGACCUGCUAAUUUAAGUAGGGGUGUAGUGCUUGUAAUUUUCAUCAAUUACAGGUGAGAAGCAGUAUCUUUGGAUAAGAACAGCAGAACCACUACCGUUACUGAGUUUGUACUAUGUGCUGCAUACAGUUCUAAGCACUGCAUGGUCAGUACCUUUUUGCACAAUUGUACCAAUUCUUGGUACUUUUAUAAUUAACUUAUGUAGCUUACAUUUGGAGAAUCCAGCCAAAGUAAAAUCACUCAUUUAGUGAUACAGAGGCUUCUGUGAUGAUACUGUAUGGUGUAAUGCGAUGUCAUUAUUAAUUAAUGCAUAUUUUAAUUAUAGAAAAACGCAGAAUAACUUUUUUUCCCGAGUUUCAUAACGUAUCACCUCAUGACGGGCUGAUUUCUGAGAGAUACCCUGUCAUGCAGAUAGAGUAUUCUUCCACAAACCAUAUGGUGUAUGCCAUCAUGAAUGGAUCUGUCAUUGACGAAAUGUCCUCAGGAAGUGCCCGACUGUAGUUUGAUUUAUUUAUAGAAGAUGGAUGAUUCCACUGCUUUCUACAUGCUGUCCAUUUCAGGGGUUUGUCCAGUUCUAUCGCUGUUUGUACAGCUUGUAUAUCUUGUAAGAACUCUACUGAACAAAGAAACAAAGUUGUUUUAGACAGUACCCCUUUGCAACAAAGAUUGCCAGAUUUGCCUACAAAAAACUAGGAAAAUACCUUGUUAAGUAAAAUUGGCAUGGUUCUGUGAAAGGUAAUCCUGGAGGAGAGACUACCAGAGCAGUAUGUUGAUAUUAGAAUUGGCUAGACACUGAUGGUUUCCAAAUUUGGUUUUUCCUUUCCUUUCCCUUGAAGAAACUGUUUAUUUUUAGGGGUGUAAUGCUUUAAAAAGAAUUCAAAGUAAAUUACUUGUAAUUGAACGGUGUCUUGUAACAGACUGAAAAUAUAAAGUUGGAGAAGAGAUCUUAUCAUAUUAGAAGAAAAACAUCUUCAUAUAUUCCAGAAGAAGCUCAUUCAUACAGAAGACCCAUUUAAUGAUGAACACCAGGAGAGGCAAGAAGUGGAAAUGUUGGCUAAGAAGUUUGAAAUGAAAUAUGGUGGAAAACCCCGUAAACACCGCAAGGAUCGGCUACAAGAUUUAAUUGAUAUAGGCUUUGGCUACGAUGAAACGGAUCCAUUUAUUGAUAAUUCGGAGGCUUAUGACGAAUUAGUUCCUGCCUCUCUAACAACAAAAUAUGGAGGCUUUUAUAUCAAUACUGGCACUCUUCAGUUUCGCCAAGCUUCAGAUACUGAAGAAGAAGAAAUUACAGACAACCAAAAGCACAAACCACCCAAAGUUCCCAAAGUAAAAGAAGAUGAUGUUGAAAUGAAGAAGCGCAAGCGGAAAGAGGAAGGGGAGAAGGAGAAGAAGCCAAGGAAAAAAGUACCCAAGCAACUGGGAGUUGUGGCUCUGAAUUCUCACAAAUCUGAAAAGAAGAAGAAACGUUACAAAGAUUCUCUUUCUCUUGCUGCCAUGAUACGGAAAUUUCAGAAAGAGAAGGAUGCAUUAAAGGAGUCGAACUCCAAAGCCCCCUUGACCUUACCGACCUCCUCUCUGCAGAAACCGCCCUGUGCCCCAGCAGCCCUGGGCAACGAUGUCCAGGAUUUACAUCUGAGCAGUGCAGACCCAGACCUCCCCAUUUUUGUUAGCACAAAUGAACAUGAGCUGUUUCAGGAAGCUGAAAAUGCCCUGGAGAUGCUAGAUGAUUUUGACUUUGACCGAUUACUGGAUGCUGCUUCUGAUGGUAGCCCGCUAUCUGAGUCAGGGGGAGAAAAUGGGACCACCACCCAGCCAGGCUACACCUCUCAGAUGAUGCCCAAGGCGGUACCCACACUCCCGGAGGGUCUACCUGUCCUGCUUGAAAAACGCAUUGAAGACCUCCGAGUAGCUGCCAAACUUUUUGAUGAAGAAGGAAGGAAAAAAUUCUUUACACAAGAUAUGAAUAAUAUUCUUCUUGACAUUGAAUUACAGCUACAAGAACUAGGUCCUGUCAUUCGUAGUGGUGUCUACUCCCAUCUUGAAGCUUUUGUGCCAUGCAAUAAGGAAACACUGGUAAAACGACUGAAGAAAUUGCAUCUUAAUGUCCAGGAUGAUCGUUUAAGAGAACCUCUCCAAAAACUGAAGCUGGCUGUUAGCAAUGUCAUGCCUGAACAACUGUUUAAAUACCAGGAGGACUGCCAGGCUCGUAGUCAGGCUAAGUGUGCCAAGUUGCAAACAGAUGAAGAACGAGAGAAAAAUGGAUCGGAGGACGAUGAUGAUGAGAAACCAGGGAAACGUGUCAUAGGACCAAGAAAGAAAUUCCACUGGGAUGACACCAUUAGAACUUUGUUAUGUAACCUUGUUGAGAUCAAAUUGGGAUGCUAUGAGUUAGAGCCAAAUAAAAGCCAGUCGGCUGAGGAUUAUCUUAAAUCCUUCAUGGAGACAGAGGUGAAGCCCUUGUGGCCUAAGGGCUGGAUGCAGGCGAGAAUGCUUUUUAAAGAAAGUCGGAGUGUGCAUAAUCAUCUUACUUCUGCUCCGGCAAAGAAAAAGGUGAUGCCUGCACCUAAACCCAAAGUAAAGGACUGUAGUCCAAAGAAGGACCAGAAAGCUCCUGCAUCCUUGGUGGCUUCAGCUGGGGGUCCUUCUGCAGGCUCCAGCACACCUGCCGUUGCUUCCGCCAGUUCAAGCUCUGCACCAGCGCAAGAAACCAUCUGCCUCGAUGACUCACUGGAUGAAGACCUUUCUUUCCACUCACCUUCACUGGACCUUGUUUCUGAAGCUUUAGCUGUUAUCAAUAAUGGGAACAAGGGCCCUCCAGUUGGCUCAAGGGUAGGCAUGCCAACUACGAAACCUCGUCCAGGACUAAGAGAAGAAAAAUUAGCAAGUAUCAUGAGUAAGCUGCCACUUGCUACUCCAAAAAAGCUAGAUUCUUCUCAGACUGCACAUUCAUCAAGUCUUAUAGCUGGUCACACAGGGCCAGUACCAAAGAAACCCCAGGAUUUAGCUCAUACUGGCAUCUCUUCAGGCCUUAUUGCUGGAUCUUCAAUUCAGAACCCGAAAGUUUCCUUAGAACCUUUGCCGGCCAGGCUGCUUCAGCAAGGACUACAAAGGUCAAGCCAGAUUCAUGCUUCUUCUUCUUCACAGACUCAUGUCUCUUCUUCCCAAGCCCAAGUUGCUGCCUCCUCUCAUGCUCUGGGAACUUCAGAGGCCCAAGAUGCUUCUUCGUUAACCCAAGCUACCAAGGUGCACCAGCAUUCAGCUGUCCAACAGAAUUAUGUGUCUCCAUUACAAGCAACCAUUAGUAAAUCACAGACCAACCCAGUGGUGAAAUUGAGUAAUAAUCCCCAACUUUCCUGUUCAUCCCCACUCAUGAAGACUUCAGAGAAGCCACUUAUGUACCGCCUUCCUUUAUCUACUCCUUCACCUGGAAAUGGUUCUCAAGGGUCCCAUCCUCUGGUUUCUAGGACAGCACCUAGCACCACUACCUCCAGUAACUAUUUAGCCAAGGCAAUGGUGUCACAAAUCUCCACGCAGGGUUUUAAAUCUCCCUUCUCAAUGGCUGUGUCCCCAAAACUUGCUGCAUCUCCCAAACCUGCCACAUCUCCUAAACCCUUGCCCUCACCUAAGCCUUCUGCCUCACCCAAGCCCUCUCUGUCAGCUAAGCCUUCAGUAUCAACUAAACUCAUUUCUAAAUCCAAUCCACCUCUGAAACCUACUGUAUCCCCAACUUCUCCCAAUCCAAGUGCACUAGUAGCCCAGAGUAGCCACUCCAGUAGUAACAACCCUAUUCAUAAACAGCCCAGUGGAAUAAGCGUCAGCAGACAGUCCCCCACCUUGAAUUUAUUGCCCUCUAAUCGUACUUCAGGCCUUCCGUCUACAAAAAACCUUCAGGCCCCUUCAAAGGUAACAAACUCAUCAUCCACUGGAACUGUUGGGAAGAAUAGCUUGAGUGGAAUUGCAGUGAAUGUACCUGCCAGCAGAGGUAGCAACCAUAACUCCAGCGGAGCCAAUAGGACUAGUCUAUCUGGGGGAACAGGAAGUGGAACACAGGGUGCUACUAAACCGUUGUCUACUCCACAUAGACCGUCCUCUGCCUCAGGGUCUUCAGUGGUUACAGCCAGUGUACAGUCCACAGCGGGAGCGUCAUUAUUGGCUAAUGCCUCACCUCUGACUCUCAUGACAUCACCUUUUUCUGUAACAAAUCAAAAUGUGACUCCUUUUGGGAUGCUGGGUGGCCUUGUUCCUGUGACCGUGCCCUUCCAGUUUCCCUUGGAGCUACUUGGCUUUGGAGCGGACACAGCUGGAGUGACAACCACCUCGGGAUCUACCUCAGCCGCUUUCCAUCAUAGCCUAACUCAGAAUUUACUAAAGGGUUUACAGCCAGGAGCUCAACAUGCAGCAACACUUUCCCAUUCACCUCUGCCUACACAUUUACAGCAAACAUUUAAUGAUGGAGGCCAAAGUAAAGGGGACACUAAAUUACCACGGAAAUCUCAGUGACUUCCCAGCAAGCCAAGGAGACGAAACAUUUAGUUGGCUGAUGGAAUCUACCUGAUGGGAAAGUACUUUUGUGGUCAUAGGGCUGCUGUUUCUGUCGAUGUUUACAUUCUCUCGUCCCAAGCACUGUGGUGAGGAGGAAAAAGAAAACAUUACUUGAGCAAAGCCAGGUGCAGGAGGAAGAAAUGCUUUUGUGCAAAGCUAGUGACCUUCGGUCUCUUCUUAAAGACAAAGUUACCAUAUUAGCUGACUUGAACGUGACUCAGUUGUCAAACCCACAGAAAUACAUAUUUGAUUUUUCCCGGGGGAUGAUGAAGGGUGUUGAGAGGAUUUGGGUAAACUCCAUCCAUCUUGGGGGUUGGCUCUGAAUACUUGUAGACAUAAUUGCAUAAAGGCAAUAUAUCUAGAAUUGGGUCACUCUAUCAGGAGUAAUGACCAUGUCUGUUUAAGUGGACUAUGUAGCAGAUUUGCCACAAAAACACUGAAUGACCCUAUGUUUUAUACAGACAGUAGAUGAAGAAAUAGUGUACCCUCAAAAAUCCUGAGCAAACUUGAAUCUUCUCCAAUGUGUAGCAACGCCCCGUGUAAGUCUGUGUACUAAAGAUACUUCAGGAAUGUGAUUUUAGCACAGUGGUAUAUAUUAUUAAAUCAUCUAGAUUUUUUUUUUCUUAAGUCAGGAAAUUGAGCCUGUCGCUCUUAAUAGAAGAAACCUAGAUGUUCCCUUUUUGUAAAAGGGUCAAUUUCAUCUUCCAUUUAGAAGCAGGUACUUAAUUCUUCUCUUUGCGUGAUUGACUUGUUCUCAUUUCUAUUUUGGAUGCUCUUGAAAAAUGGAGAUUUUUGAUAGGGUUACUGCUUUUGUGCUUAUAGCCCUUGCAAGUUACUGACAUGAACUGUAAAUUUCCCCCAAAUUCACCUCACUCCACUUGUUUUUUUUUUUUAAGUUAGUGGUACUUCAGGUGGUUAUUAGCUAUUGAUAUAAACAGGUAGAAGAAUGUACUGAAUACUUUUAUGCUUCUUCAUUGAUCAUUCAAAUGGUGUGUGUAGUUUUUUUUUUAACUUUUAAGAUGAUGUUUAAAGGGAGAAAUUGCAUUAGUAUCAUUGUGUAUACAAGGGAUUAUAUUUUAUAACAACCAUAAUGUAUUUUUACUCCCUAUAUCCAUUGUAGUGGAAUUGUUGGGAGUAUUUGGGAUCUUAAAGCUUUAUUAGUAUUUAUUCAGAACAUUAAUACAAGCAAUCCUGCAGAUGAGACACUUUAGUUAUUAUAGCCUCCUUAUGCAAAACGUCACAGAUGACGAAGGAUGCUAAGGGAAAAACUCAGAGUUCUCUUUAGAUGUAUUUUAUGGAUUUUCCCUCAUCAUUCUAGUGUCUCUUCUUCCAGUUGAUCAAUAUUUUCUAACUAUACCCAAGAAUAGUGUAAGCUCCAAAGUGGUGUAAGGUUGGUCCAUUUUUGAUGAGAGACUAACUCAAAAACAGCAUUAGACUGGCAAUGCCAAGAUUUCUAUCAUGAGUUUUCAUUGCACGUUGCCCUACACCAGUGGUGGGGAACCCUUCAUCUGCCAACAGCCACUUGGAUAUUUCUAACAUCAUUCGCAGGUCAUAAAAAAAUCAUCACCUAACAAUCAGCCUGCUCUGGAGUUACUGAAUUUUGAGUUCCACCUAUAGCUGCCUCGACAGGGCCAAACCAAAUGCUGUUGCAAGCCUUAUAUAUGGCCCACAGUGUGAACGUUCUCCACCCUACCCUACGCUGCUGAUGUUUAUUCAAAUAGUAUUAAUUAGACGCGUUUCCCCUUUGGCAAAUGAAGCUCUCAGCCUACAGGACUGUGAAUAGAUACUGCAAAUCUUGGCUUCUAAGUCACAUUGGCUUGCUUCAUAGCAAAUAGUAAUACUAAGAAAUGACUGAAAUCUUUAGUUCUAAGAACUUGUUACAGUAAGAAAAAGGAUUAUUUCAGAUUGAUAACUUUUAUUAACUAAGAAUUUAGUCUCCCAGUAAAACUGAUUUAGAUGUUGUGCAAGCCCCAGUAAAAAUUACAGAACAGUACUGGGGUAUAUUGAGGUUUGACUUGAAUUCAGUGUUUUUUUAUUAGGUUUUUUAAUUAAGGAAACUUGCUCCGUUCUUGAUUUAUUGCAGUGUAGUGAACUUCUUGCUUUUCUCUUUGCAAAUGCCGCCUGGUUUAAGUAGUAGAUGUUUUCUUUUAGAAAAGCAGGCUUUGAUUUACUUCUUCCUGCUAACUGUACAUGUGUUCCUCUGUGUGUGUACUUGUGGAUGUCUAUACACACAUAGUUGUAUAAAUUCAACACUAGUGUUAAGGUAGAAGAAUAAUCAUUUAUUUUCUUAUAUCCAGCAAUCAUGAACCUGAAUCAUGUCAUAAGAUUCCUGAUGACUUUGUCUUCACUGGAAAAUAGAAUUAUCAUGUCGGCCCCCCUCCCCUGUCCAUAAUGUUAUACUAACCAAUGCAAAUAUCAGAAGGCCCUUGAGUCUGAGAAUAUAAUAUGGAGAUUAUAUUUCAUUUCCUCAGUCUUGAUUCCUUGAGGACUAUUGUGAGAUUUCCACUUCAGCAACCUUCCCCCAUGUUUUUACUGCCCAAAUAUAUUCAUUUCAGUCAGGACAACCCUUUAUGUUGCGUAAAUGAAUUAUACCUUCUUGUCUUUCUUCAUAGAUAGAAUAUGAUCAGAGAGUUUCUACAUGUAAAUACAAGUCUAUUUCUUUUCUAGAUCAUAACACUGAAAAUGGUGCCCAUUCUUUAUGGUCACUUAAUCUUACGGUUUUUAUUACUAGAAGACAUAAAUUGAUUAUUUUUUAGCACAGAGACUUGUGACUCAUACUGUAUUUUUGCACUUAAAAUCAAAUUAUGUUAUUUUUUAAAAUGGUGAGUAAUUGGAAAGGAUAUCUAUAGAUCCAUGUGUAUUUCUAUAGAGCAUGAGCAACAUCGAAAUGCAAAAACUGAUCAGCACACUUAGUUACCUCCCACUCAGCGGGAUUCUUAAUUCAGGAAGAUUAAGCUAUUUAUUUCUGCCUGUCUUAUAUUUUCAGUUGCCUUCACUGAUAUAUAAGCUGUUACUGUACAUACAAGUUAAUCCUCAGUAUUCACAAGCAAUAAUGGUCAGCAGUGUUGUCCUCAGAGAGAGCCGUGCUGAGCCUUGGUUGGAGACUGGGAGCAAAGUGUCAAGCUCAUUCAGAGCCUCCUGGAUAAAUGCAAGCAAUAAUUGCCAUGAUAAGUCAAUUAUGAUUCUUUUUUAUGUGCUUCUGAGAUCAGAGGGUAAAAGAAAUCGUGAUUUUUAAGAUAGCCUGAAGGAAAAGGUUCAGGAAAAGAAUUAAGAUUAAUCUGUAAUCACCAAAUCUUGAUUAUGUUGAGGAAAUUGGAGAAUUGUGUUAGUACAUACUUUCAUGCCCACCACCCCUUUGAUGGAUGAUGUUAGCCCAAAUUAGGCUUUUUUAAAAUAUCAACAUUGAAUAGAGUGUGUUGAAUCACCAAGGUAAGAGGAAGAACCGGGCACAUUCAUGAGUACUGUGGGUUUGACAUCUGUUUGAAAACAACUUAUUGGAACUGAUUUUUAACCCAGGAUAUUUUUUUUUCCCAAAGCAGAUCUAAAUUGUUUACUACCCAGGGAUGGAAAGGGCAGGCACCUUUAGUUUUCUCUUCUGGCUGCCUUGUCCCACAGCCCUUUCCACCUCUGCUUGGGUCAAGACAUUUUCUGAAAUGAAAUUGUUAUUCAAACUGCCAAUCAUGAUGAGAACACUGUCCUUUGGGAUCAUCUCUAGAGCUCCAGUUAUCUAUCGUAUUUGCUGCUACAUUUGUAAAAUGAACUUUGCCUAUAUUGGUUGAUGUUAAUUUACAGCUGUUAAUUUCUAGGAGACUCUCAUAUCAUUUGACCCGUGUAUAGGUUAGGAUGUUUAUUUUAGGAGUAUACCAUAGAAGCACACUGGUUCCUGUGUUGUUUUUAUCAUUUAAGUUUUGAAUUUAUGUUUGCUUAUUUUGUUUGGUUUGGUUUUUUAAAGUUGGGAAUAGAAGAAUGAGAGUCAGUAAUUAGGCCAAACUUGAGAAUUUUCCUUGUGUUUCAGCACUAUAAUUUCUGCUGACUUUAUAUUCUCAGAAGGGGCACUUUUACUUUUUAUUGUGCAUAUAUGAUUGUUUUUUUUGUUUGUUUUUGCUGGGGGGCUUUGAUUUUUUUUUUUUAAAUAAUGCAGGAGAAAAGUACAGUAGUAGGUAAAUGGCUGAUCACAAACAUGUUAUGCAAUUUUAUUUUAUAGAAUUUUAAGGGGGAAGUUUAACUCUGUAAAUUGUUUUAAGCUCUGGUAAAUGCAUAUAUUGCUCCUCUCAAAUAUGCUCAAUUCAGGCCUUUGUCUUUGUUAAGUGCCUUUUUUUCUUUUUUCCCCUCUUGAAGAGCUAUUCUCUGAUGUCCUACAGUACAGGCUAAUUAGGGGGUUCAGGAAGAAGAAUCUCAAACUUGCCAACUGUCCCAUCAUGCUGUGGUAUUUUCCUUUUCUUAAUAUGUACAUAGAUAUGUGUGUAAGAUACAUAUAAAACUAGCAGCUGCUGUACCAUUGUAUCCUUUCCAAGCACUCCCCUUUCAAUGUUUGCAAAACGUCAGCCUUGUUUAUUCCAUUGCUUUUAGUUGAUGAAAAUAUGUGGAUUGGGGAAUUUUCUUUUCAUGAGAUGCUGUCUUCCCCCUUUGAAUAUCUAUUUGUAGCAGUUAACAAAUAUCUAUGUGUAUGUAUAUAUAUACAUACAUAUAUAUACAUGUCAGAUAUUACAGGUGUAAUAAAUUUAGUGGACACGUUAACUAUAUUUGGAUAUAACCCACGGUUCUGUGCCCUUUCAGCUUGGCAUGAGUAAUGUAGGAGAAAGCACUGGAAUAACAAGAGUGUCUUGCGGGUCACAUUGCUAAGGUGUGUUGUGGCAAGGGAGACUUAAUGAUAUAUGAGAAGGCUAAACUUAGAGCCACACUAUCUAAGUUUUGAAGGAAGUUAGCAACUUUGUCAACAUCAAAAAUGUAUUUUCUUUUAGGUAAUAAGUUUUUGAAGAAGUCCUGCAACUGCGUAUAUGUUAAGGUGUUAAUAAAUUUAGAAGUGAUUUCAGAUACUGAGGAAAAUGCAUAAUCUAGAGCAGUCUUGAAAGAGCUUCUGUUUUUGUUUGAUUUGCCAGAUAAGAACAUUUGACUUACCCUGAUUUUACAAUUUGUAUUUCCCCCCAUGGCUUGAGCAAAGUAACAAGUCAAUCUUAGAUCCUGAAAGUUACUAUUGAUUUGUUUCUUACUAAAAAUAUGUAGAUGUGAUAUGUUGAAAUCCCAGAAGUAAAAUGCAAGUGCAUGUCCCCUUUUAAAUAAAUGUUGUAAUUGGGAAGAGGAGACUGAUAGCCGAAAACCAGUAAGCAGAGGCUUCUGGUAGCAAACCUAUUGCCAAGUGGCUGGAAUUCAGUCGCCAGUGUUAACUCCUGAAUCACCAUAUCUACGGGGAAUAUUGUUUAACCUUGGUGCCUCAGAUUACCCAUUAGACGUUUGGGUAGAAUAAUAUUCACCUACCUCCCAGGGAUAUCAGAGACUUUACUAUUUCAAAAAUAUUUUGAGUUUUUCUAAAAUGUCCUAUAUAAUUAAAAAUAUUAUCUUCCUGCAGAGGCUGAAAAGUGAUUUCCUUAUAAUGAACUUAGAAAGCACCCUACGAUUUUUAAGUUAAAAUCACUGGAAUUCUAACUUAGAUACAUGUUUGUUAUUUAAACAUAUUAUAUUUGUGGUGGGAGAAAAUGGUUAGUUCCAGUUUAAUAAAGGAGAGAAAUGACACUAAGUUUCUUCAUUAUAAAUAGGUUCUUUCUUUUUUUUUUCUUUUUUUUUUUUUUUGUCUUUGAUGGUGUCAUUACUUGUGAUAUUUGAUAAAGUUGUGGAGCUCAAGUUAGAUAAAAUAUGGCUGAUUGGUUUUUGGAGCUGAUAAACGAUUCUGAAGGUUUUAUCUGCCUCACUUUGCCAUGUUCUCCAUCUCAUUUCCUCAUAUAAGUUCUUCAGUGAUGGAUAACUAAACUUUUAACUUCCUAAGAAUGAAUGGGGUUCUUGGUCAUUAGACAGUAAAUCAGAGAUUGUACUCUCUGGUAGCUGUGGGGCUGCCCCACUGUGCGCUGAGUAAGCAAACCCCUCACACAACCGGCUGGGAACACACCUAGGCAUCUACCUUGGGAACUCAUGCUUUUCAGCUGGUGAAAGAGGUAGAGCCAUCGGCUACUCAUGUUUUAGGGAACUGGGAGAGGGAAGGAGGAUCUAAUUCCUAGCCUGGGUGAUGAGGUCAUGGAUGGACCAUACUGAGGCAUUGUUUUUCAACUCCCCGGAGGAAAUGAAAGUAGUGUUAUUUCACUGUUCAUUCUAGCUGGGAAUAAGAAAGAACGAAUGGUACAUUUUUAGGUAGGGCUAAGUGCUGAGCAGGAAUUGUUGGAGAGAGAGAGGAAAAAAAAACCUGUGUGUGUGUGUGUGUGUGUAGCUUUAAAUGGUAGUAGCACCUAUUCAGGAUGAGGAAACAGAAUGUGGGGGGAUUGGAAGAAGUGAGUUAGCAGAAUGCCCCAGGCCCGAGCAGACACAAUGUCUGGGGUCUAGUUCCGAGGAUUAGUUAAUGCCCAGUUUAUCUCUAGUGAUACGGUUUGGUUUUGUUUGAACCAUUUUGGGCUUUUCUUUUUUUCAGCUAAGACCUUAUUCAGAAGCUCCUAAAUCUCUAUUAUGCAAAUAUACUCAUUGCCCUUUUUUACAUUCUUCAGAUAACAAAUUUUUAGACUUCUACCCAAAGAAACAAGGAUUCUGAUAAAUGUAUUUUCCCUGGGGAAAAUUAAUGGAAGCAUAAAUAGAGAUAUUUUUGUUCAUCUGUUCUAAACUGUCCCCUUUUAUUAAAAAGAGAAAAAACUAUGAAUCUCAGUGCUUAAGAACUGUGGUUAGUGUCAUGAGAUGCCUGAGUUGAUAGGAUACAAUCAAUCUGAUGAUCAUUCUGAAAACGUUGCUUCAAACAGUGGUCAGGUUAAGGAGUGAGCAAGUGGUCAGAUGUACCAGUUGCAUCCUCAGUGGUGUCAUCUGCAUUCUUUAGUGUGAGUGUAAGUAGUUCAUUAGCCCGUUGGUGUGCAAGAACCCAAGUUCUGUGUUGUCAGGAGUCUAGAAGGCGCUGUCUCCUCCUUGCUGCGCCCCUAUUGAAUUGCCUGCAGUAGGAGACGGG